AUGGAUCCCGCGGUGCCCAAGGCCACCCUGAAGGUGCUGGGACUGUGCGCGGCGCUGCUGGUGCUGGUGGCGGCGGUGACGGUCUCGGUGGCGGUGAUGGUGUGGCGCUCAGAGGCGAUGGAGAAGCUGCGGGGCUGCCAGGAACGGGCGGCCAACGAAAGCUGGGAGCUGGGGAACCGCGUGGCCGAGCUGGAGCGGGAGCGAGCCCGGCUGCAGCGGGCUGCGGCGGCGGGCGCACGGGCGGAGGAUGCUCUGCGGCGGGAGCUUGCCCAGGCCCGCGGUGACGGCAAGAAGUUCAAUGCCAGCCUGGCAUCCUGCCGGGAGCGGGCGGCCAGGCUGGAGGCCAAUGUGACGGCGCUGGGGGACGAGGUGCUGGCCCUGCGGCGUGAGCGGGCUGAGCUGGCCCGUGGCAAGGCGGCUCUGCAAGAGGAGCUGGCGCGGGGUGAGGAGCAGGCGCUGGGGCUGCGGCAGCGGCUGGAGGAGGCAGCGGAGCAGCAGCGAGCACUGCGGGCGCGCGGGGAGCAGUGCAAGGCCCGGCAGAGAGAGCUCGAGGCCACCCUGUAA